AGAGCCCCUUAGGGGAGUCUCCCAUUGCUGCCUUGGGAACCUGUGUUUACAUUAGGAGACCGAAUAGCUGUGCUCUGACCUCAAACGCUCAAAACAAGCAGUGAGCAAAUCCUAGCAUAAUUUUCUUGAUUCUACCAGAAGGAAGUAAGGCUGGGUAUUUAGGAAACAGAACGCGUUGAGCACAUUUCUGAGAAAACAGACACUGUGAAAAUUAGAAACUUCCUUCUACUACUUAAAGAACUUAAAGUCCUCACAUUGGGCUGACCUGGGAAACAUCAAGACAAAAAGCGUGGAUAAACAUGCCUGCUUGAUGAGCCAGAAAAAAAGGCAGAAACCUGUAGUCUGGGUAGAACAGAUCCUGCUCAAAAUGCUCCCACAUCAGGACGAGGAGGAGCCCGCGAGUUACCGUGGGAGCUCUGGGAGCUGCCUUGUGACUAUUAGGAAGAUGCCGUACCUCGGCUCCGAGGACGUGGUGAAGGAGCUGAAGAAGGCUCUGUGUAAUCCUCACAUUCAGGCUGAUAGGCUGCGCUACCGGAAUGUCAUCCAGCGAGUGAUUAGGUACAUGACUCAGGGCUUGGACAUGUCUGGUGUUUUUAUGGAAAUGGUGAAGGCCAGUGCCACUGUAGAUAUUGUCCAGAAGAAGUUGGUUUAUCUGUACAUGUGCACAUAUGCUCCCCUAAAACCAGAUCUAGCUCUCCUGGCCAUCAAUACACUGUGCAAAGAUUGCUCAGACCCCAAUCCAAUGGUGCGAGGGCUGGCGUUACGGAGCAUGUGUAGCCUCAGGAUGCCUGGUGUGCAGGAGUAUAUACAACAGCCGAUUCUCAAUGGUCUGCGUGAUAAGGCUUCAUAUGUCAGGAGAGUGGCAGUCCUUGGAUGUGCCAAGAUGCAUAAUCUCCAUGGAGACUCUGAAGUGGAUGGUGCCCUUGUUAAUGAAUUAUACAGUUUGCUGCGUGACCAGGAUCCAAUUGUGGUUGUGAACUGCUUGAGGUCUCUAGAGGAAAUUCUGAAACAGGAAGGAGGCAUUGUCAUCAAUAAGCCCAUUGCCCACCAUCUCUUAAAUCGAAUGUCAAAAUUGGACCAAUGGGGCCAGGCUGAAGUGUUGAACUUUCUGCUACGCUACCAACCCCGCAGUGAGGAAGAACUAUUUGACAUUCUCAAUCUGUUGGACAGUUUUCUCAAGAGUGGAAGCCCCGGUGUGGUGAUGGGAGCCACCAAACUUUUUCUGAUCUUGGCAAAAAAGUUCCCCCACGUUCAAACCGAUGUGCUUGUGCGGGUCAAGGGACCUUUGCUAGCUGCCUGUUCUUCAGAGAGCCGUGAGCUCUGUUUUGUUGCUCUCUGUCAUGUACGCCAGAUCUUGCAUAGUUUGCCAGGUCACUUUAGCAGCCACUACAAAAAGUUUUUUUGCUCCUACUCGGAGCCCCACUACAUCAAACUACAAAAAGUGGAGGUGCUGUGUGAGCUGGUGAAUGAUGAGAAUGUACAGCAGGUGCUAGAGGAGCUCCGAGGGUAUUGCACGGAUGUGUCUGCUGACUUUGCACAGGCUGCCAUCUUUGCCAUAGGUAGCAUUGCCAGGACUUACACAGAUCAGUGUGUUCAGAUUCUCACAGAGUUGCUGGGUCUUCGACAAGAGCACAUUACCACAGUGGUGGUGCAGACUUUCCGAGACCUGGUUUGGUUGUGUCCUCAGUGUACUGAAGCUGUGUGUCAGGCCCUGCCCGGCUGUGAGGAGAACAUUCAAGAUAGUGAGGGGAAGCAAGCACUUAUUUGGCUACUGGGGGUCCACGGGGAAAGAAUUCCUAAUGCUCCUUAUGUGUUAGAGGACUUUGUUGAGAAUGUGAAGUCAGAGACAUUUCCAGCUGUUAAGAUGGAGCUACUCACUGCUUUGCUGCGCCUUUUCCUCUCACGACCUGCUGAGUGCCAGGACAUGCUGGGACGUUUGUUGUAUUACUGCAUAGAGGAAGAAAAAGAUAUGGCUGUACGGGACCGAGGUCUCUUCUAUUAUCGCCUCCUCUUAGUUGGCAUUGAUGAAGUUAAGCGGAUUCUGUGUAGUCCUAAAUCUGACCCUACUCUUGGACUUCUGGAGGAUCCGGCAGAAAGACCUGUGAACAGCUGGGCCUCAGACUUCAACACACUGGUGCCAGUGUAUGGCAAAUCCCGCUGGGCAACUAUCUCUAAAUGUCAUGGAGCAGAGCGUUGUGGCCCAGAGCUUCCUAAAACUUCAUCCUUUGCUGCAUCAGGACCCUUGAUUCCUGAAGAGAACAAGGAGAGGGUACAAGAAGUCCCUGAUUCUGGAACCCUCAUGCUAGUCCCCAAUCUCCAGCUUACUGCUGAUUAUUUUGAGAAAACUUGGCUUAGCCUCAAAGUUGCUCAUCAGCAAGUGUUGCCUUGGCAGGGAGAAUUCCAUCCUGACACCCUCCAGAUGGCUCUUCAAGUAGUGAACAUCCAGACCAUUGCAAUGAGUAGGGCUGGGGCUCGGCCGUGGAAAGCAUACCUCAGUGCUCAGGAUGAUACUGGCUGUCUGUUCUUAACAGAACUGCUGUGGAAGCCUGAAAACUCAGAAAUGCAGAUCUCUGUGAAACAAAAUGAAACAAGAACCGAGACACUUAAGAGUUUUAUUUCUGUAUUAGAAACUGUGAUUGGAACCAUUGAAGAAAUAAAAUCAUAAGUUUGUUUCUUGUCCAGAGUAAGAUGAAUAACGAUCACAGUUUCUUAGUCUUUCUUCUUAGAGCUGCCAGUAAGUCCAGAUAAUAUUAGCUACAAAAGAGAGUGGAAAAUCUAGGAAUCAGGAUUCUUACAUUUUUGGCCAAAGAAGAUUGAUUUAUUAAUUUCAUUCCUAUUGGCAAUUGACCCCAUUUAUCAAUGAUGAUGUUGUAAAGGUAAAUGUUGGCAAGGGGAUGGGGUGAGGUUUGGAUUAUUUCCUAAUCAAUUUUAGGAAAUGUGUUAGUAAUUAAAGACGGUUGAUGUGUGGAAA